AUGCCCGCCCAAAAGCCCAGCCUUGGCAGUAUUGAGGCUACGCAGAACCACUCCGAGCUCUUCAGAGCAGAAUGCGCCAGGCUGAUCUCAGAAAGUGACAAAGCAUGCAAACACAUGCAAAAUGAUGAAAACAAGCAACUGGAUCAGCGGAGCAGAGACAUCCAGUUUCUGAAGAAGGAGUUAGAGCUGAAGUUGGAGGAGAUCAUUGUGGAGAUUGAUGACCUCAUUGAGUUACAGAGCAGAGUGGUGAAAGCCCUGGAGGCCUCCAAAGAGCCUCUGAAAGUCACCGUUCUCUGUCUGGAGGAGAGAAUGAAACGUCUGCCCUUUGAGAGGCUGCAUGAUGAGGUGUACAGAGAGCUGCUGAAGGAGAGGGAGGUUAUUGAGGGAGUGGCCACCCCUCUCCAGCGUGUAGUGGAGCAGAUCAUUGAGCAGAUACGACUGAACCGAUCUGCCAAGUACCACCUGGAGCAGGAUCUGAAGGAGAAAUCUGAGGCCCUGUGCAUCGACAGCUCCUGUGCCCUAAUGACCACCUGUUCCAUCAGCAACCUGCAGAAGUCCAGAAACACCAACACUGUUCUGCAGAGCUCGGCAGUGACUCCAAAGCAGUACGAGAACAUCUCAGACAUCAACAUAGCCAAAGCGGAGCAGCAGAAGACCAACUCUCGGUCCCUGCGGGCACUGGUGGAGUCUCUCCUGGAGCAGGUGGCCUCUGACAUGCAGAAGCAAGUCCAGGCCACGACGGCAGCCUUUCAGCUGAAGGUCCAGGAGAUCAAGUCUGCCAAGAGCCAGAUGGAGGAUCAGCUGGCCAAGAUCCUGUCUGAGAUCGGCAGCCAGCAGAGGACCAGUGAGGAUCUCCGCGUCGCCAUUGCAGAGAAUGAACAUGCUCUGAGUUUGGCUCAGGCCCGGCUGGCUCUGCGCCAUCAGAGGCCUGCCAAAGAGCGAUGCCACGAUCCAGCACAGUCCCAGCUCCUCGCCGAGGUCCGGCAGCUCACUGCUCAAGUCACCAAACUGCGUGAGGCAGCGGCCCAAUCAGAGGACGAGCAGAGGGCUCUGGUUCGCUGCCAGCUGCAGCUGCAGGAAAACAUCGAGACCGAAGCCAAUGCUCUCUACAUCGACGAGGUCGUCUGCCCCCAGCACAGGGAGCCCAUUAUCAUACAUCACUUCUGAGCAGUCGGCAACAUCAAAGGUCUACAUAAACGGAGUAUUUCUUCAAAAUGCAGUUCUAUAAAAUUCACUUCCAAAUAUACAAUAUGUAUGUGUGACUGGAGUUCUGUUUCAUUGCUCUAAACAUGGUUUCAAUGCUUCAGUUUCCUCUGAGGUCUUCACUGUGAGAGCUGUGUGACAUGUUUUGUGCUGUCUGACCGUAAUGGUUCCACUGGUUUUAGUCCUUUUUGUUUGUCUGAGCUCCUCAUAAAAAACUUCCAUAAUAAA